GGUGCGCCAUAUUUGUUGCUUCUGAAAGUAGAACAGAAGAAAGUAUGUCAAUAAAACUUCGAAAUAUCGAAAAAGUACACAUUUUGGGAAUCUGACAACCCGCCAGCUUGAGGAAGUAAGUACUUCGAAGAAUGAUUUAUCGCAAAUUGAUCUAUAUUUGACGAGAUAUACACCUUAAAUUCCACCUCAGUCUUAUGAAAACAACGACGAUUCCGGACCUCCAUGCAGCACGUUCAGCAAUUUGUGAAACGAGUACAUGCUCAAUCCAAUUUCAGAUGACGUUGGUGUGUUGAAUAUCGUUUUUGAUAAUUUCAGUACAUGAAGAAGUAACAUUUACUAUGUAUGGUGUUAAUAUUUAAGAGUAAAAUGUGAUUGUCACCAGAGGAAACUGAAUUCAAGGCCAAGCAAGGGCAAGGACGGGCUAUUUCAGAGCUGAAAUCAACACGCCGACCAGACACACUGCACCUUGGUGUGGACUGGUACCAAACGAAACAGAUGACUUGACAAAAUACACUUUACACAUUAAUGUUUUUUUUCUUAUAUAUCAACAUCUAUUGUGAGCGUCUUGACAAAAUGACAUCAUGAACUAGCAAGAAGGAAAGGGAGACAUCAUCUUGUGUCAUUACACUGUUUACAUCCCCAGUUUAGUGUUACUGGAAUGUACAGGGUUGAUACUCAACAUCAAUGUUCUGCCCAUGAAUGGAUAUUCUUAUCAAAGACUGACCCUGUAGUCAAUGUUUGACUUCAAUGGAAAAAUGGGUCUUUGCGAGAAUGCUUUAUAUGAACACUGACAUGCGGUAAUCUCAAAUUCUUUCACUUUUCAUUUUCUUCUGGACCAAGCAAAAUCAUCAUGCAGUCAUCAUUGCAUUAGAAAAGGUUGUAAAACUUUUUUUGUAUAUAUUAAGUGUCAGUUGAUGAAUACUGCCACUGUAAAGACAGAAAUGUUGUAGAAUAUCCCUGACAAGGAUAUAAUAUGUAAAUAAAAUAGAAUUUAUUUAGAGAUAUGUGAAUAUAGUGCAGCUUUUUAUAAAAGUUGCAAAAGUGCCUUAUUGCUCUGAAAGAGACAAUAAUAAUCAUCCUACUUUGCAAUAAAAAUCCAAACCGUGAUCCUACGUGUAAUAAAAUCUUCAUUAGUCAACUGUACCUUCCACUGCCAGAGGACCCUUUAAACUUUCCUCAGAGCACAACAGACUUCUAUAACACGCCAUAGGAUAUCUACCAUAGACGGGAAUUACUUGCAGGGAACUUGUGGAAGUAAAUACUGCCUGUUUGGUCUCAUCAUGGUGAGAAACCUGUGAUGGCCACACACAACGCUCCAAAGCACGACUUUGCACCAGCCUGGCUUAAGAUUCCUGCACAGGAUAAUCCUAAGCCAUCUGGUUCCAAGCAAGCUGAUUCAGGUAGUGAUAAAAGUAGAAGACAUUCUGGAAGUUCAUCAGGGAAAUACCGACAUCAUCCGUCAGAAGACGACUACUACCCUUACCCUCCUUAUGGACCUUAUGGCUAUUACAAUGGCUACGGCAUUCAAUAUGGAUCUCAGUCAUCAAUGUUUAGGUCACCUGGCCGUGACCCUAAAUAUCAGCAGCACCCAGGAAUUCGCUAUAAUCAGAUGAAUAGCGGCUACCCUGGAUACUAUGAUCUCUACCCGUUUGACUACUACGGUGACCCCUACUACCCAGGAUAUCAAAACUCGAGAGCCAGUUCUAAACGAAGUCACUAUGAGAGAGAAGGACGCACAAAUUCAAAAGAAGGGAAGGAAACAGAGAAAAGCAAAGGAAAGGAAACUGAGGAGAAGGAAAAGACAUCAUUUCAAGAUGAUUUUCCAUCACUAAAUGGAGAAGAGAGCACUGAAAAGGCAGGUAACUCCACCAAAGUCACAAAUGGUGGAAGUGUCUGGGAACACCCCCCUCAUGGUAAAAUGGGAUCGUCUAAGUUUGGAGACAGAGCUACUGCAAAUAUGUACAAAACACUUGUGCCAACCAAGCCAACUAUAAAGAAACCAGCAAAGGAUAGUAAUAGAUUUAAUGGAGGGUUCCCAAAGGAUCCUUUCUCUGGCACAAAGUCGCCACUGUCACCAACAAGUUCCGGUGGUCAAAACAAGGAGGGUUCCAGGCAGUCCCCUACGCCCCCUAUAGAUAUUCUUAACACAAGGCUCAUUACGCAGCCCCGUACUCUGGGUGACAAAAAGAGCGAUUUCUGGAAGGCCCUCAGGAAAAGGUCGUCUGUUGGUGAAGGACAUGAUCAGAAGGCAUUUGAAGAUGGAAAUGUGGAGAAAAUAAGCAAUGGUGUAGAAACUUUAGAUUUCAGUGAUGCUGAAAAUGGGCUACUUUCCAGCUCGUUAGAGGCAGAACAGAGACUGUUGAAAUCAAUGGGAUGGAAUGAAGCUGAUGUGGAAGAAUAUGAAAUAACUGAGGACGAGAAGAAAAGAUUUCAAGAGCGCUUCUCUAAACAGGUUCCUCAACAAAAGGAAGCUAGCCGGGUCUUGCAUAACAAGGCUUUGAGUCCUAAACACAUCAUGUACUAUCGCCCCAAUGAACAGGAUCAACUGAAUGACACCCUGUCAUCCUCAGACUCGGAGGAGGAAUCGAGUCACUAACAUAAGCUUCCUUCACAUACGCAGAAAUAAUGGCAUACCAUGUCAUAACCAUUGUCUUCAGCUUCACCGACCCAGCAAGGAUAUUCUUCAUGUGAUCAUGAGCUAGCAUCAUUCGGUGAAUGUUUGUGCAUUAUUUGGUGAUAAACACAGGAUUUGUGCAACUACAGACUAUAGGCACCUACUGCAUACAAACUUGCACUGGCUGCAUAGACUUGUAUACAUAUUUUGUUCAUUUUUUUUUGUCAGAGUUUGUUUAAGAGAGUUUAUGUGAAACUGUUUAAAGGGGAGAUAAUUGUUGAACGAGACUGUCUCGACUAGUCCAUCAUUCUCUCACGGAUUUCUAUAAAUGUGUAUUAUUGGUGCAGAAAACAUAGAGAAGGCUUCUCAUUUUAUACCAAGUAUUUUUAUAAGAAAUCAUUUUGUAGAUAUUUCUAGAAAUGAGUGAAGCUUGUAUCAUGCACUUGGACACAACUGUGACAAUGCAUAGCGAGACGAAAGAAAAGAUUGUUAUAUUUUAAAAAUACCUAUGAUAAAUGCUAGUGUAAUGGAAUGUACUGUGUAUUGGAAAGCAUGAGGCCUGUUUAGCUGUAGCUGUGGUGAACAGAUCCCUCUUUUCUACGUGUUAACAUAUUCAAGUACGGUGACAAUGUAACCUGUGGUUCACUUUCCAUUGGAAUGGGAAUGAAAACAAAGCUGUUAUUGGCAUGAUUCCAGUUCAUAUUAAACAGUUAAAGGGAAUAUGUUUACUUGGUAUACAAUUUUUUUUUCAUCACUCCUCCCAGUCUCAUCAAACAACAAGUUUUAUAGUGUGUUUAUAAAAAUUUAUAACCUAUGCAAAUUUUUAGAUUAAUUUUAAUUCCAUAUAAAAAGCCUUUCUGAUGGACCUAUCCCAAUCGCCUCCCUACUGCAAACUAAAUUGGAUGGUACGUAUACAUUAACAUGCCUACUUGAUCAACCUAACUGUAAAUAUACGGUUUGAUAAAUCAUUUAUCACUUUAGGUUUCUAGAAGUGGUGACCACUCCAGUCAGUGUAGGUCACAUGGAAUCAGCUUCAAUCAUUGAGUAGUCACAUUGACCAUUGUGGGAGAGUCGAAAUUGACAAGUAGUGUUUUUAUAUACGUUACAAUUUGUUCAAAUGUUAUGUAGCCCUGGAAUUCAAAUUAGGAAGCACAUUUAUUUUUCAUAUAUUUGAAAUCAAGGUUUUUUGUGGAAAUUUUUUAUUUUAUUAAUUAUCUUGUUAUCGGUACGUGAACCAAGAACAGCGAAAUGUUUGAUAAUUAAAAAAAAUAGUAUUGUGCCAAUGUCAAACUGGUUUUUAGCAAUGUCCAUUUAAUACUAGAACAGGGUCUGCAAAGUGUUGUAAAAAAUGUUGAAAUAGUUUAUAUAAAAGACCACAUGCACAUGAUGUUAUUCAUAUAAUUUAAUUUCUUUUGUAUUUUUCAUUUUUUUUUGACAACCUGGUUUUGCUCAGUAUUACUAACAAUUGAAGAAAAUUCAUUGAAGUUGAUAAACUUAUCCAUACACUACUGGCUAGAUGCCACUCUCAGGAGACUAGAGCACUUUGGAGCUGUGGUAAUACGUUGUACUUAAAAAUGGUGGAUUUUGACGAAAUAUUUCUGUUUUCCCUGUUAUGUUUUUACAGGAUUCAUGACAGAGUAAUUUUAAUAGCAAGUAAUGUUUGGACAAAAAUCACUAUAUGACAGAUUUUUCACAUUUGCUAGCAAUUUACAUUUUUUGGUAUAAUAAUGGAGAAAUAAAAGGAUUAUGCAUUGUACAAUUAAAGACUUGUUAUUUGCUAUGACAUUAAAAUUUAUGAGUGUAUUGUUCCUUUGAAAACAUAUAUAGCUCACCUUGAAUGUAAUUUUGGUAUAAUUUGAACUUAAGCUUGUGUAAGUAAUGAACAUAAAAGCAAGUAGGGUUGAAAAAUAUGAGUUUGAAAUAUUUUGCAUGGUGGUUAAAUUUGAGGCAAUUUCACAAUUAUCAACAAAAACUUCAUUUACAUAUCUUGCGCUUAAAAAAACAAAAGAAAAAAAUUCCUUAUAUUUAUGCGAAUUUCUGAGUGUGAUAUGUAUUAAAGUAAAUAUGUUGGUGAAGGUAUUCCUUCCUGUACAGUUUGUAUUGGAGAAUGGCUUGAGUUUUAUAGUGAAGAUGUUGUGGAAAAUUUGUAAAUACCAGCUACCCACAUGUACCUUUGAAUGCGUUAGCCAUAUAUAAGUUAUUUGUUAGAGAUAUUGAUACAAUACUAUUACCACAAUGCUUGUGUUGGUCCAGUGCUCUACCCACAUGCUUACAUUUAUCGCUUCACAGCACCUUAAGUAUACAUACUCUGUAACACAAUACUGUGACUUACUGUUUCCUCAACUAACCACUUAACCUGGACUAGUCGGCCAUGGCUCUGUGGGAUAAAAGUUCUUUUCUGUCUCAGUUAAAUUUGUAUCUCAGUUUAGAUUUACUAACGUGUGUUGAUGGUUUGUACCUGCUAUCAAUCCUCCAUUGGUAGACGAUGUGGGUUAUGUUUUCCUCAGAAAACCCUAGCAGAUGUGUAAUGGAUUUGUUACCACAUAUAAAGAUAUUUUUCUCGUAAAUGAGUUAAGAAAUAAUCUUAAUUUGAAUGAUUCCGUAUGAAAUUUGAUCAACGUGCAAGAUUCUGUAUAGGUAAUACAAGCUUUGUGUUGAUUCUCUGUGGACUGCUACUGGCUAAGUUUUGCAAGUAGUGCUAUUGGAUCGUUUCAUAUCUAUUUUUGUACUGUAACAGCCUUCACUUUGUAUCUGGUUACUUCAGUGUUGUGAAUUUGGUUCCUUUUUCUUUCGAAAAUCCUUUUUUUAUUUCUUCAAAGGUACAACAAAUUUAAGUUGGAUAUAAUUUUUGCAAGCUUUUAUUUCUUAAAUAAUCAAAUGAAUAACAUUGUGAAUUAUCAGCAUUUAAAUGGUUUAAGUUAUUAAAAGUAUCAAUCUACUGAUUUAUAAAGUUCUGCUGUCAUCCUCUUUGUGCAGAAUACAUGCUUAAAGGUAUGGUUCUGUUUACCAGCAUAUUACUUUUUCACAAUCAUAGGACGCAAGUCUUACUCAAAUGUUUACUAAGUAAGGUCUUAAAUUUGCGAGGAUCUCAGUUUCAUCAUCAUUUUCCCUUGAGCAUAUCUCCUCUGAAUUCUAGUGUAGUAGCAUUGCAUGUACUUAUAUAUGUGUUCUGUGUUCUUAAUUCCACAAAAAGUAUGUUCCAUGAUUUAUGGAAUAGAUCAAUGUUAGGAGUUCUAGUAGUGAGCCAGCCAAGACAUGAACCAUAUAUGUGAACUAAUUUAAGGCGAGAAGUCGAACUGUAGGUUACUGAAAUAUUGAUUAAUAUGAAAGGAAAUAAAGUGGAUGGAUUAUGAUGUGAUUAAUUUUGUAACCCUGAUUCAUUUUGUGAUAUUGUGAUUCCUUUGAUGAAGAGUUAAAAAUGCCACAAAUCCUCUUUAUUCCAUUCACAAACCCAAUCAUUGGUUCAGUGUCGCAUUGUAAUCUGUUUUGAGGUUUUACAUUUGCAUCGACCAAAUGUCACAUUUUUCCGGAAUGUUAAAAAAAGGAAUGCUUAAUUAAGUUUGAAGUGAAAUGACAGUUUUUGAAACACCUGCCCUUGGUAGCUUCAUGUACUGGGUAAACUUCAUCCGUCAACAUAUACUGUCACGGGGCAUUGUUAAGUUCAAUAUCAAAUCGUGCCAGAGGAUACAACUCCCCUCAAAAUUAUACCCAGGUUUUUAUCUUCAUAUGUUUCAGCUGUCAACUUUGAGACAUUAAUUAUUUAGGGACAUUCCAUACAUAACAUAACUGGUGCUAGGGGAUUGUUCACACAUACAAGUCAUGAUUUUGAAUUGGUAUUUCUCUUUAAAAUACAAUUUCCUCUUGUGUAAUUGUACAUGAAAUGUUCGAUUUAAUAUGUUUUCUGAUUAUAACAUUGUGAUCCAAGAUAAUGUUUGCAGUGUCAUGUUGAUAGUAAAAUUCAAGAUCACUUGAAAGAAUGUAAUUCUCUAUUUCAUCAAAUCUUGGCGAACUAGAUGUUUAAUCAGGUGACACACCUGUUUCUGAUAUAGAUGUCUGUUACACUAGUUCAUAGUUUUCUCACAUUGUUUAAUGAAAGCAGUGCUAGUACAUCAAAAUAGUACAGUCAGUGCAAGAUGGCAAAGCUAUACGUUCUGACUUAGGUGCCUUUGUGGUAAAACAUUUCCAUUUCAUUAUCUCUCUUCAAUCUUUCUGAUGCCAAGACAACCUCAUUGGUGGGCCUGGUCAUCUGUUUAAUGACUAGUGUUUUCAUUGGCUGUUGAGCGACCUCAGUUUCUUGUGCACACUUUUUGGUACAUUAUCUCAGACCGAAUGACUAUUACAGAUUCAAAGAAAAGAACAGGUAAACAAGCUUUGGAUUAUUUUGUAUUGUAGAUUUAAAUGGCAGCUUCAUAUCAGAUAAAUAUAUUGUACCAAAUACCUCUGGAUGGAGGCACUUAACACAGCUACUUUGAUCAUGUUGGAGAUUUGAUGUCCAAUUACAGCAACAUCCCCCUAUAUCCUUCGCCAGACAUUGCCUAACACUUUUCCAUACCUUACCUAUGAUACCGAAAACGGGAUUGAUGUCGCUGUUUUUUCUUUUUUUUGUGUGUGUCCUUAAUUAAAGCUGUAAAUAUGGGGUCUAACAACACCAUUGUAGAAUUAUUUUUUUGUGCAAAAAUAAGUUACACUUGAAGGAUACAAGGGAUUACAUAUAUUUAUAUAAUGUUAAAUUUGUGCAGUUUGAAUCAUUACAUUGAAUGCUUGUCUGAUUUAUAUUAGAGGGCACCUGUUACAUCCCAACUGUUUGUGGUAACCGGCCAGCAGAUAACAAUCAUAUUAUUAUCAUGUUAUUCAUCUGUCAUACUUUCUUUUUGAAAACAAAUUACACCAGCGCUGAAAUGAGCAGCACACCAGAGAUGGCAUAUUGUUCUGUCAUUUUGCAGAUUUAUUAAUAAAAGUUGCAAUGAUC